GCGUAUUAAGUGAUUUUCUCUCCGUUAACUGACAUUCUGUUCACAAAAUAAGGGAAUAAGUGCUGAAAAAGUUUAGCCCUUGCUUGUGAAAAAUGGCGAUUAUCUGGAAUAAUCUGCUCAAUGUUCUGAAAUCAAAAAAGGGUCUUGGGAUCACAUUCACCCGUUCCGCGUAUGACUUUGCUGCCUUUGUCGACAUUGUUUCGUCCAAAAUUAUGGAGAAAAGAAAAAUUGUGAGAAGUUUUCGCAAGGAUCAUGGAAAAACUAAAGUUGCGGAUAUCACUGUCGAUCAGAUGUACAGAAGUAUGACCGGUACCGAAACUCUCGUCUAUGAGCCAUCAAACAUAGAUCCUGAAAAAGGGAUUCGUUAUUAUAAUCAGACAAUUUCUGAAUGCUGGGAACGUUUACCAAAAGUAGAUGGCGGACACCAGCCAUUGCCGGAGGCCGCGUUGAAUGGACUAGCCGGACCGCGAGCUGGAAAAGCUUGUGAAGACGGAUGCACUUUUUUAAUGAAAAUGCGGGAUCAGCUCGGCGAAAAUCCUUCUGAAGCAGAAAUGAGAGUUUACGUAUACGACUUUAUAAAAUGUGGUCAUCGUAUUCCAGGAUAUGGUCAUGGAAUUUUGAAUAAUGUUGAUCCUCGAUUUUUGUGCGAAAAAGAAUUUGCCACCAAAAAUUUGCCAAAUGAUCCACUUUUCAAGUUGGCUUUGACUUUGGAAAAAGUUGCUCACCCAUUGCUGGUUGAAAUUGGUACUGUGAAAUGUCCUUGGCCCAAUGUUUACGCCCUUUUGGGACUGGUGUUGAAUCAUUAUGGAUUGAAAGAAACAAAUUUUUAUCCUGUUAUAAUGGGUGUGUCAAGGUGUUUAGGAAUUGCAGCUUCGUCUAUUUGGUCUCGAGGUAUGAUAUUGCCAAUUGAGCGCCCUAAAUCAUAUUCAACUGGUUCACUUAUGAAGAUGUUAGGAUUACCUAAGUGAU